CUGCGCAAGGGAUUGUGGGAUCGGCGCGUAUGUUUCCAUCAUGGCGGCGUCAAUUUCGGGAUAUACUUUUAGUUCUGUGUGUUAUCACAGCGCCAACAGCAAUUCUGACCAUGAGGGCUUCCUGCUGGGAGAAGUGAGGCAAGAGGAGACUUUAAACAUCAGUGACUCGCACAUCGGUAGCUCAGAAUUCCUCAGUGUAAUAGAGGUCCAUAAUCAUGAACCUUGUGCACAACUGUUUAGCUUUUAUGACUAUGCAGGUAACAUCAAUGAAGAAAAUCUCGAUAGAAUCCUCAAGGACAGAAGAAAAAAUGUUAUCGGCUGGUACCGGUUUAGAAGGAACACCCAACAGCAGAUGUCCUUCAGGGAGCAGGUGAUCCAUAAGCAGCUGACCAAUAUCCUCGGCAUCCCAGAUCUAGUCUUCCUCCUCUUCAGCUUCAUCUCCACAGCCAAUAGUUCCACACAUGCUUUGGAGUAUGUGCUCUUUAGGCCCAACAGAAACAGAUAUAAUCAACGGAUAUCUCUAAGCAUCCCAAACCUGGGCAACACCAGUCAGCAGGAAUAUAAAGUGUCAUCUGUGCCGAACACCUCCAAGAACUACGCCAGUGUUAUUAAAGAGCAUGGAACUGAGUUCUUUGAUAAGGAUGGAGUGAUGAAGGACAUCCGGGCUAUAUUUCAGGUGUAUAGUGCCCUUCAAGAAAGAGUGCAGGCAGUGUGUGGUGAAGUUGAUCAAAGUGAAAGAGUGAGGGAGAAAAUCCAAGAAGAAGUGAACAAACUCAAAGAGGAAAUUGCUCUUAGGAAACGUAACAGCGCUGAAGAAGAAAGAAGGAUCCAAGAGGCAGCUGCUGAGACGCAUCCCGAUAGCUCUACCCUUCCCGAAUCCUCACACUCGUCUCUGACUGGAGUCGUGCUCUCAGGUCCCACAGCGGAGCCCAGUUUAGAGAGACCUGUGAACUCGUCAUCUCCACCCAUCUACAGCACCGCACUGCCUCCAGAUUCACCAAGCGCUAUCCUGCUGCCACGGCCACAAGCCGUAGGGUCACCCGGCCACCCUUCCCCCAGUCUGGGUUUGGGCAACGGAGACGGCUCAAGCUCGGAUUCCCUAAACCGCCAGGCCACCGGCCAGGAAGACCACGAGGAAGACGACGAUGACGACGAAGAUGAGGACAGUAGCGAGUAUGAAAAUUUAGUUAGCGAGCAAUUGCAACCGACUUCUUUACCAGAUGCUGUUGCAUUAGGAAGACCGGCUACCCUGUGGCCUGACGGAGAUGCCCACAGCCCACCGGGCUCCUAGUGAUCGAACAAACCAAUGAGGAUACUGACGAACAGACAGAACUAGGUGUGAUGAUCAUAAGGCUGAACACAAACAAGCACUUGCCUUUUGUGAGUUAUGACAAUGUUGUCCUGUUGUACACAUUUUACAGCUCUGUGCAGGCGAUGUCAUCGCGUUGGGACGGACUCUGAAUUGGCGAUGCAGUGAUAUCCCCAAUCAUGUAGACCGAUGGACCCCGCUUUCUCCUUUUCAUGCUCUCCUCCCUGGCUUCGUUGGGGUGGAGAGGUGCAUCCUGCUUUUUUCGGCAUCUGCUACUCACUGGAGUCAUUCGGUUCUCGCACCAUUUACCUCUUGCACUGUUUUGCCUUCUUUUGAUCUGCAUUUGAAUAGAAAAGCAAAGGGAAUGAUGUCUUUUUAUUUUGCGGCCUUCAAACACUUCUCUGUGUGAGCUUACUCCAUUGUCUGGCUUCAUAUAUCUGAAUGGACAAGAACCUUUUUUGCGAUUAUAAUAAGUGCUUGGGACUGCACAUGGCUGACACUUGAAGAGUUCUUGUUCUAGAAAAUGUAUUUUAUUUUUGGUUUUAUCAGUUUGAUUUGAGUAAUAUAAUGGCCUAUUCAUAAAACAAUUGGGUCAUUUAAUUGGUCAAUGAUUAUAUAAGUUACUUUAAUAAGGGGUGCUUGUAUUUUUUUAUGACGUACUGUAGAUCACUACUUUCAAUGGCUUAAAUCAACCACGUUUGUUUUAUUUUGCUCUUUUUGAUUGAACCGAUGAUUCUAAUAUUUUCUGCUGCACUUCAGACUUCACCAUUGAGCUUUAACUGAAUUUACAGAUUUUGUGGUUUGGAUCAUAAACUGUAAAUGUCAAGGGUCACGAUGCAGCAUCAUUGAUCUCAGGAUUCUUUUACAGUACCGGGACUGUUGCUUUCUUUUAUCAUCUUGUCCACUUGCCUCUCAGUUCAUUAGUUGAGGAGACGUGACAGGAGUCUCUUUACUCAAAGCAAUGCAGCGGUGGAUCAGUUUAGCGCACCAUGAUAAUGUGAAAUAAAGAUUUCAGCCAUUUGCAGCAGA